UCUAUUUUCCAGGUGGUUUUGGGAAGUCGUUAAUUAACAUUUAGCUUCAGAGAAAUGCAAUUCACAUGGACAUCCUCAACUUUGACACUCACAAAACCUGCUGCAUUAGGUCCCAGUCCCACACCUGGCGGCAAAAUGUCUGACAAAGGAGCCUUCGACACCAAUGUGGUGACCCUCACCAGGUUUGUUCUUGAAGAGGGCAGGAAGGCCCAAGGAACAGGUGAGCUGACCAACCUGCUCAACUCCAUCUGCACUGCUGUCAAAGCCAUUUCGACUGCUGUCAGGAAGGCUGGGAUCGCUAACCUCUAUGGCAUUGCUGGAAGCACCAAUGUGACAGGAGACCAGGUGAAGAAACUGGACAUCCUGUCCAAUGAUCUGGUCAUCAACAUGAUCAAGUCCUCCUUCACCUCCUGUGUGUUGGUGUCAGAGGAGGAUGAGAAGGCCAUCAUUGUGGAACCAGACAAGCAGGGAAAAUACAUUGUGUGCUUUGAUCCACUGGAUGGUUCCUCAAACAUUGACUGUCUCGUCUCGAUUGGAACAAUUUUCGGCAUCUACAAAAAGACGUCAGAUGGUGAGCCAUCUGAGAAGGAUGCUCUGCAGCCUGGAAGAAACCUUGUGGCAGCUGGUUAUGCUCUGUACGGCAGCGCCACCAUGAUGGUCCUGUCCACCGGUCAAGGAGUCAACUGCUUCAUGCUUGACCCCUCAAUUGGUGAGUUCAUCUUGGUGGAUAAAGAUGUGAAAAUUAAGAAAAAGGGAAAAAUCUACAGCUUGAACGAGGGAUAUGCACAGCAUUUUUAUCCAGAUGUGUCAGAGUACCUACAAAAGAAGAAAUUCCCAGAGGAUGGUUCUGCUCCAUAUGGCAGCCGAUAUGUUGGUUCAAUGGUAGCCGAUGUUCAUCGUACUCUGGUGUAUGGAGGCAUCUUUUUAUAUCCUGCUAAUGUCAAGAGCCCUAAGGGCAAGCUGAGGCUCUUGUAUGAAUGCAACCCCAUGGCCUACAUCAUGGAGCAGGCAGGAGGCAUGGCCACCACAGGCUCGAUGAACGUUCUGGACAUCCAGCCCACCUCCAUCCAUGAGCGAGUUCCCGUGGUCCUGGGAUCUCCUGAUGACGUGCAGGAGUAUCUUUCCAUCUGUAAAAAGCAUAACAAAUAAGUUUUUUGAAGGACUAACAGCAGAAUGAAGGGGCUCAAUCAGAACGCUGACUGUUGAAUGAAUGAAGAAACCAGGAACCUCACUGAGCCUACUAAGUCUGCCUCACAAUAUGCGAGUUCCAUCUUGCUGCUGUAAGUGUUAAAUGUAGAGACUUAUUUUUUAAAUAAAGGCAAAUGAAAAGA